AUGACGGACCUAAAACCAAGGCGGCUGAGGGGCCACAAGGCCACUGCCACGUGUUGCAUCGCCUCUGUUGCUACCCCUGGCCUCGUCGCCACUGCCGGAGAGGAUGGCUGCGUUUGCUGGUUUGAUAUGCGAUGCAAAGAUGUGAUAGAUAUUAUGGAGGUGGGAGAGGAACCCGUUUCAUCAUUAUGUUUCAGGCCAGGAAAUGAAAAUAUGAUAUUUGUUUCAUCUGAGAAGCAAGUCAAGAGCUUUGAUGUGCGUCUGGGGAGUUCUUGCUCAUGGAAGCCAUUGGAGAGUUAUGAUUAUAAUAAAGAGGAGAUAAAUCAGAUUGCAUGCAACUCUAAGUCUUCUUUUCUUGCUGCUACGGAUGAUGGCGGUGAAAUUAAGAUUAUUGACAUUUGUCAGAAACGCAUUUACAAAACAUUAAGAGCUGGCCAUACAAGUAUUUGUAGCAGCGUGCAAUUUCUUCCUUGGAGACCGUGGGAAGUUAUCACUGGAGGUCUUGAUUCAAAGCUUGUGAUGUGGGAUUUUUCCAAGGGACGCCCAAACAAAAUUAUGAAUUUUGGCUUGUCUGACGCAAAUAAUGGUGAUGGCAAGGAACAGUGUUUCAAUCCUGCUUUUGUUCAUGCAAUAGCAGUUCCAGAAAUUGAUAUGUUAGACAAAUCAGACAAGGUUUGUGUUGUGGCUAGGGGUGAUGGUGCAGUUGAUGUGAUUAAUAUAGAAGCUGAACUUGCUACCAUGAGGUCAAAAGAUUCUAGAAAACCUCAGAAAGGAUCUCAAUCAAGAUCAAAAGAAAAGAAAUUCCCAGAUCAAAGUGGAUGGAAAAGGUUGCAUUUGGAUUACUCAUCAGGCGGUCAUGCUGCUGCAGUCUCUUGUGUGGCAUUUUCGUUGUUUGGGGAUAGAGGAAGAUUUAUAAUUUCAGGUGGAAAUGAUAAGUUGGUAAAGGUCUGGGAUUGGACCAAGUGUCUUGAUGCAGGACAGAGUAUCAGCAGCAGUGAUCUUCUACAUUUGAAUAUCAACCUCAGCAAAAAAGUCAAUUGGCUCUGUACUACUCCAGCUGAUAUGGAAAACCUUGUUGUUUGUGAUACAACUAAGGUGGUAAAGGUCUAUUCUGUUGCCUAG